GUCAUCAUCUCGCACCCUCAAAACCCUCCGAUCGUCGCUGUCUCGUGCCCCUCCGCCCGUAUCGCCCCAUGGCUUCCGACAAGGAGGCGGCCAACGCCCUCAAACUGCAGGGCAACAAGGCCUUUGCGAACCAUGAUUGGCCUACCGCUGUAGACUUCUAUAACCAGGCGAUUGAGAAAUACGACCAAGAACCGUCGUUCUUUUGUAACCGGGCCCAGGCCCAAAUCAAACUCGAGGCUUUUGGGUACGCCGUCGCUGACGCCACCAAGGCGUUGGAAUUGGACCCGAACUACGUCAAGGCAUACUGGAGACGUGCCCAGGCAAACGCCGCCAUCCUCGAUCCCAAGGCGGCCCUGAGGGAUUUUAAAGCCGUUGUCAAGCGCGAACCCGGCAACCAAAAUGCGCGGGUAAAAUUGGCCGAAUGUGAGAAGCUUGUGCGCCGGAUAGAAUUUGAGAAAGCUAUCGAGGUUUCGGAUCCGCCGUCGGCCUUCGAGGGUCUCGAUAUCGAUUCUAUGAAGGUUGAGGAUGAUUAUGACGGUGUGCGUCUGGAGACCGAGAUGUCGCAGGAGUUUAUCGACGACAUGAUUGAACGCUUUAAGAACGGCAAGAAGAUUCACCGCAAGUAUGUCUUCCAGAUUAUCAAGGCCGUCAAGGAUUUGGUCUACAAUGAGCCAACCAUGGUGGAGGUUGGCGUGGAGUCUGGCAAGAAGUUGACGGUCUGUGGUGACACGCACGGCCAAUUCUUCGAUCUGCUGGAGAUUUUCCGUCGUAACGGCAGCCCCUCCGACACCCACGCCUACCUCUUUAACGGUGACUUCGUGGAUCGUGGCUCGUGGUCUUGUGAAAUUGCCCUUCUUCUAUAUGCAUACAAGUGGCUCCGGCCCAACGGUCUGUUCCUCAACCGUGGUAACCACGAGACCGACGAUAUGAACAAGGUCUACGGAUUUGAGGGUGAAUGCAAGGCCAAGUAUAAUGAGCGUGUCUUCAAGGUCUUCUCCGAGUCCUUCUCCGCCCUACCCCUGGCUACCUUGAUUGGUGAGAAGUACCUCGUCCUGCACGGUGGUCUCUUCUCCGACGAUAAGAUCACAUUGGACGAUAUCCGGAAACUCAACCGCCACAGCCAGCGGCAACCGGGUCAGCAAGGUCUGAUGAUGGAGAUGCUCUGGACCGACCCGCAACCCCAGAAUGGCCGAGGACCCAGCAAGCGUGGCGUCGGCUUGCAAUUCGGACCGGACAUCACUAAGAGAUUCUGCGAGAACAACGGUCUGGAGGCUAUUAUCCGAUCCCACGAGGUGCGCAUGGAAGGAUAUGAGGUCGAACACGAUGGCCGUUGUAUCACCGUCUUCUCCGCGCCCAAGUACUGUGACUCAACUGAGAACAAGGGUGCCUAUAUCAACCUUGGACCCGAGCUGAAGCUCGAGUACGAGGUGUUUGACGCUGUCCCGCACCCCGAUAUCAAGCCGAUGGCAUAUGCGCAGAACUCGGUUCUCUCGAUGAUGUGAUGAGUUAAAGACAUGUAGCGGGCGUUGAUUUCAAAAGAUUUAGAGAGAAUCUACUACUGUAUUUAUGAGCAUCCGAAUUCCAUAGUAGCUCCGCGCUCACCGCCUUCUG